UAACAUUGAAACUGACCAAAAAAAAAGUCGUCUGCAGGAGUAUUUGAUUGAUUAUUUUCGUGAUAGGUUUUCCAAUUUAAUUUGGUGUAAAUUAACUAUAAAUAAGUGAUGCUCUUUUGUUGUUAAUCCAAUUAACAUUAUACAUCACAGUUGUAAUUUAUUGCUGUAAUGAGAGAAGAUUAUUGUAGAUUAUUACUUUGAUCCCGUUACCCACCUACCCGUAUUUAAGUUUGCCACGUUCUGGUGUUGGCUUGAAAAGUAAAUAGCUUCCAACAUGUUUAACUUGUUUUAAUAACUUCAGUGAUAAAUAAAAAGCCAAUUCAAAAGCAACCUGAUAACGUAAAAAAAAUGUUAUUACCUAUCCAACAGUUGAAAAAACAAGUCUAAACAACAUCUUUUGUCCUCCCAAAUGUGCAGGAGCCAUUAUGUCGAGCAUGUCGGAUCGGAAGGCGGAGCUGGAGCGCAAGAAGGCGAAGCUCCAGGCGCUCCGAGAGGAGAAAGAUAGGCGGCGACGUGAGAAGGAGCAAAAAGAUGCUGAGGAGGCUUUGCAACGAGCCGCAACAACAUCGACCCUGGACAGCCGCCGGGACCUGGACGAGAUGCUGUCGUCGCUGGGAGUGGCUCCGGUGCGUGACGUGCUGUCGUCGCUGUCCUCCAUGACGUCGCUGACGCCGCCGCGGACCGCGUCGCCCGACGUCAGUAUGCCGCACAUGGACAAAGCCAGUCUGCCCGCUCAGGGCGUGCCCCGGAAGCCGGCGUCGCUGCAGGUGGUGGCGGUGCAGGCCACGGAUAUCCCGCCGAAGGAGAGCGUGACGUACGCCAAGCAGACGCAGACCACCGCCGCGGCCGGCGCUGAGCUGAGGGAUGGCUGCUCUUCCAAUGCAUCACCGCUUGCAGGAUACAUGGAGGACUGGUGGCGGCCGCGCAAAGCACACGCGACCGAUUACUACGAUGAGUACAAUCUAAACCCGGGUUUAGAGUGGGAGGACGAGUUUACAGUGCUUACAUUCGACGGCGACGCCGCGCGGCAAGGCGACGAGGAGGACGCCGCAUUCCACGGCAAGCUGCCGCCCGGCAUCCUGCCGCACGGCCUUCCCACCGUCAAGGAGGUCCAGCCCGCGGUCACCGCCGCGCCCCUGGAGAAGAAAGAGGAGGAGAAAGAAAAGAAAGUACGCGAACUGAGCGCAGAUGAGAAGCAAACCAUAAUGCUGUCAGCGGAGUUCCAGAAGUUCAUGUCACGUGCGGGGCGCGUGAUCGAGCGCGCGCUCGCGGAGUCCGUCGACAUCUACACGGACUACACGGGCGGCGGCGACGGCGAGAACGCUAUUGACGACAAGUCAGUCGCGAAGUUGUCCCUAGUCCGGACAUUCUACGACGAGCGCUGGUCCAAAGGCCGCUGCGUCACCUGCCUCGACUGGUCUUCAGCCCACCCCGAGCUGCUGCUGGCCUCGUACCACAACAGCGACGACGCCCCACACGACCCCGACGGAGUUUGUCUAGUGUGGAAUACCAAGUUUAAGAAGACCACUCCAGAAGAUAUCUUCCAUUGCCAAUCGCCCGUUAUGAGCGCUACAUUCGCCAGGUUCCACCCAAAUCUCAUCCUGGGAGGAACAUACUCUGGUCAAAUCGUGUUGUGGGACAAUCGCAUCCAGAAACGAACGCCGGUGCAACGCACGCCUCUGUCUUCAUUGGCUCACACGCAUCCAGUAUACUGCCUCUCCGUGGUAGGCAGUCAAAACGCCCACAAUCUAAUCUCGGUUUCGACCGACGGCCGCCUCUGCUCCUGGUCGCUGGACAUGUUGUCUCAGCCUCAAGAGACGCUGGAGCUCCAACACAGGCAGAGCAAGGCUGUAGCGGUGACUGCAAUGGGAUUCCCGCAUGGAGAUGUCAACAACUUCGUGUUGGGAAGCGAAGACGGCAAUGUUUAUUCUGGAUGCCUGUACGGACAGCGCGCGGGCGUGGCGGAGUGCUGGGAAGCGCACGCGGGCGCAGUCACGGGCGUGGCGUGUCACGCGGCCGCGGGGGCGCUCGACCUCGCGCAUCUCUAUCUCACCUGCUCCGUCGACUGGUCCGUCAAGCUCUGGUCCUCCAAGGAAUCCAAGCCGCUGUACUCGUUCGAAGAUAGCUUGGACUACGUGACUGACGUAAGAUGGUCGCCCAUACACCCGGCGCUGUUCGCGGCGGCCGACGCCGCUGGGAGACUGGACUUGUGGAAUCUCAACAGAGACACUGAGGUUCCGCUCGCGUCCGUGCAGGCGGAGGGCGGCGUGGCCUUCAACAGGGUGUCGUGGGCGCCCGCCGGCGGACACAUCGUCGCGGGCGACGACGCCGGGAAGAUCUGGGUCUAUGAACUGGCUGAUUCGGUGGCGCAGCCGCGCCACGACGAGUGGAGCAAGCUGGUGUACACGCUGCAGGAGCUGAAGCACAACCAAGCGGACGACGACGACCGCCUCAGCCUCGCGCCCAGCGGCCCUCCCAGCCUCACCAGCCUCACCUCGCUCGCCAGCAACCCGCUCAGGUAACUGACUUGGGACGUGCGCUGUGGAUGGCGGUUGUAGUCACAAUGCGACUACACGACACCAAACUGGCAUUGGCGAUAUCAAGAACCCAGAUUGUCAUGACACAAUAGAAGCUUUUCAAUCGAAUUGAAAGUGCUUCAAAUUGUUACGUGAGUAAUUAGGACCAGUAUUCAUCAAUCUAGCUUUAAUGAUGAAAUUAUUUUAAAAUAUAUAAUAGGCAACAUUUUGUACCAUGGGCAAAAAGAGUUAUUUUUCAUCUGUAAAUCGAAAGAAACAAAUUCUGGCCACAAAAACAUCUUUAGAUAAACUUAUAAUUGCGGCGAUUUCAUUGUAUGUAAAACAAAAUAAAAUAAGGCUUAAAAUUACGUUGCGCUUUCAUCCCCGGACGAUUCUGUCUGUCUCAGUCACAAAUCUUAUGUGCGAAACAGACGAACGACGGAUGUUUCAAACAUAAUUUGUGAAAACCACAUUAGCGGAUUAAACAUUCUUUGAUGAAUACUGAGCCUAAGGCCAGAAUCACACGGCUUAUUCCAAUCAUAAUGCAUAUGGACUGAUUGUAUAGAUUUUUUAAAGAAAUAUGUAUAGAUCGAGAAAGUGAGAUGGCACACAAUAUAAGAGAAUCGCCAAAGGUUCUUUGUUAUGUAUUGAAAAGGUGAGUUUUCCACUGAGAUAUGUGAGAAAACUGAUAUUUUGUAUAUGAACGGAACUGGAAAAGUAAAUGUUAUUUUAAAUAUCUAUAAUAUGCGCGCAAUCUAUUAUAUUAUGUAAUGAUUCUUGUAGACGUCUAUUUGACUCAUCUGUAAGGUUCAAUGUAGUUACAAUCUACGAUAUUUUGAGCUACUUAACAAUAAUUUUAGUCACAUUAUAGUAUGAAAAAAUAAUGGUUUAUUUAUUUCACGGAAUUGUCUGUAUAGGUUUUUGUCAGAUUAAGAUAAACGUUAACUUUUGGGUGGGUUGCAUAGUUAACUUUACGCUAUUUUGUCUUAAACGUCAGCAGCUUGCUGGUUAAAAUAAACGUCAAAGUUGACGGUGCAACACACCUUAAAUUUAUUUACGCUAUUUUCUGAUAUAUUUAUUAAAAAGCAGGUAAAAUAGUAUUAAUUAUAUAAUAACCACUGAAAACUAUAUAAUAACCACUGAAAUCAGUCAAAACUUGAGUUUUUAAUUUUGACUGAUAGUCAAUGGCUAAUAAUGUUAAACAGUUAGUUCUAUGCUUUAUUUUAAUUCAAUAAUAAAAUAAGUGGCUUUCAUUGACUUA